CUCCGACUCUAUAACCAACGAGCAAAACCGUUCCUCUCAGUUCGUAACAUUCAUUUCUCGACUCUGUUCGCAGUUUUGUCUAUAGGCUCUCUCGUGUUUCGGUCACGAACAUUGCUAAAAUCUAUUCUCAGGUUUCCGAAUUAGAUCUGUUUGGAUAAAAAAAAGCGUUGGAAUCGUGAUAAUGCACGAGAAUGAUGAUCUUCCAGUAGCUGAUGAAAAUGAGAAUGGUAAUAUUCCUCAGGAUGAAUCUGUAGCUGAUGAGAUUGAGAAUGAUGAUGAGACAAAUGAGCAAGAGCUUGAUCCUGACCAGGGAACAGCUUUUGUUGAUAGUAAGGAAGAUAUGUUUGUUGAUGCUCCCGAAGAGUUGAAUUUUGAUACACCUAGAAAGGUAGCUCUCACCACAGAUGAUGAUAACAAUAAUGAGAAGGAGGAGGAUAGGGAGAAGGAACUUGUAGUGUUGCAAGAACAGUUUAAGCUGUUAACUUCUGAGAAGAACGAUUCCAAAGGUGAAGAAGAUGAGAACACCGUGGAAAUCCUCAGUCGUUUCUCUAACUUUCUAAAGACUGCGGAAGAAGAGAAGAUUCAGCAUGAGGAUGCACUCAAGGAGCUUCGAGGGAUUAUCAGUAGGAAAGACGAGGAGAUUGCUGAUCUCACCACAAAGCUUUCUUCAUCACAGGACGAGGAGCAGCUUGUUGCUGCAACGGAUAGGAUUUUGCUUUCUCUUAGUAAUGUGUUUGGGCAAGAAGAGCCGCAGUAUGGCUCUUCCGUCUCUGAAAAGAUUGCUCAUUUGGAGAGCGGAGUUGCGUUUUUGAGUGCUAAGUAUACUGAGUUUUACUACGGUGCUGAUCAGUUGAGGAAGUGUUUGGCUAGUGAGGAGGCUGAUCUUCGUUUCCAAGAGGAUUUUGGUUCAGCUCUUGUUGGUGCUUGCUCUCAGUUACUUGAGCUCAAAGAGAAAGAGACAUCUCUUUAUGAAAGACUUACCCAUCUAGAAGAUGAAAAUAGGAAACUAGUUGAGCAGGUGGAUAAAGAUAGUGAAAUGAUUGAGUCCAUGAAUGCUGAGUCUGGUAAAUUGAAGGCAGAGCUUGAGCAGGAGAAGACAAAGUGUAUUAACACGAAAGAGAAGCUCAGCAUGGCUGUAACGAAGGGGAAGGCGUUAGUUCAGAACCGAGACGCUCUAAAGCAUCAAAUAUCUGAAAAAACAACGGAGCUUGAGAAUAGGUUGGCAGAAUUACAAGAGAAGACGGUUGCUCUUGAAACUUCUGAGUUACUGAAAGGGCAGCUUGAACAAUCUUUAGCUGAGAUGGCUGAUGAACUUGAGAAGUCCUCUACUGAAUUGCGUGAUAAGUCUGCAUCUCUGGAAGCAUGUGAGGUGGCAAAGAGGGAGUUGGAACGUUCUCUAGAUGAGAAAACAAAAGAACUUGAAGAGUGUUUGGUGAAACUACAAGAUAUGUCAACCACAUCGGAUGAAUCUGAAUUCAUCAAAGGUGAUUUAGUAAAAUCCGAAGCUAUGGUUGCAUCAUAUCAGGAAAUGGUGUCGUCAAAGAGCUCAAUCAUUGAAAAUAUUGAAACCAUCUUGUCACACAUAGAUGAUACUUCUGAAGAAGGUCAGUCUUUAGAUGUCAUUGGAAAAGUUAGAUCACUUGUAGAAGAGAGGGAAGAGCUCCAAAAGGCUUCUCAGGAAUACAACAGACUAAAGGAUGUGAUCUUCUCCAUUGACUUACCUGAGGAGAUCUCCGAAUCCAGCUUAGAAGCUCGCUUAAUUUGGCUUAGGGACUCAUUUUUACAGGCAAAGGAUGAAGUUAGCACCCUGCAGAAUCAGAUAGAACGCUUAAGUAUGUCUCUUUCAGCAGAAAUGGAGGAGAAAAGUAGCAUUAGACAGGAACUUGAUGAUAUAACUUUCAGGUUUAAAACAGUGGAAGAAACUGCAGAGAGAGAUUCUUUGGAAAGAGAGGAAAUUGUGAGGAGACUUGUGGAAGCCUCUGGCGUGAUGGCAGAAGGAGUUGAACAUCAUACUGUUCUUGUAGAUAGAUCUUUUGAUCAGAUAGAAAAGAAAAUCAGGGACUCUAGUGACAGUUCUUACGGCAACGAAGAAUCAUUUGAAAGAUUUCAAAGUCUCCUUUAUGCUAGUGGUCUGGAGUUGUCACUUUGUAAGGAAAUGUUAGGAGAGGAAACGCUGGCUAGUUUGCAGUUAAGCAAUCUCUCAACUGAUCUAAAAACCGUAUCUCAAGAACUUGCUUCAGUGAAAGAAGAAAAACGUGCUUUGGAGACAGAUCUUGAGAGGUCAGAGGAGAAAUCUGCUUUGCUCAAAGACAAACUCUCCAUGGCUAUCAAGAAAGGCAAGGGACUUGUUCAAGAUAGGGAGAAGUUGAAAACUCAAUUGGAUGAGAAGAACUCUGAAAUCGAGAAGCUUAUGCUCGAGUUGCAGGAGUUAACUGGUACGGUUGAUAGCUACAAGAAUCAGAUAAAUAUGUUAUCAGGAGACUUAGAGCGGACAAAGGAGCUAGAGGAUGAGCUUGUUGCUAUUAAAGAUGAAAGAGAUGAGCUUAAGCAGUCUUUAUCUCUUAAUGACACCUUGUUGCAGAAAGUGAUGAAAUCAGUUGAAACUAUGAGUAUCCCUGUUGAUUUAGCAACUGAGGAUUCUUCAGAAAAGAUUGACAGACUUGCUGGGUACUUCAAGGAAGUGGAGCAGGCUAGAGUAGAGGAGCAAGAAGAGCUAGAAAAGGUAAGAGAAGAAGCAAAUACAUUAGCCAGUAAAUUAGCAGAAACCCACACAGCCUUGAAGUUGGUUGAGGAUGCAUUGUCUGCUGCAGAGGGUAACAUCGAUAGACUUGCUGAGGAGAAUAGGCAAGUCCAAGCUGCCAAGGAACAUGUUGAGCUUGAGCUGCAGAAAGCAGUUGGACAGGCCUCCUCUCUGUCUAGCGAACUGGAUGAAGCUUGUGCUACGAGGAAUACGGUUGAAGCUGCACUCAUGCAAGCUGAAAGAAAUAUAUCUGAUAUCAUCAGUGAAAAGGAAGAAGCUCAAAGUAGUACUGCUACUGCAGAGAUUGAGCUCGAGAAGGUGAAAGAAGAAGUUUUAGAUCAGAAUAACAAAUUAACAGAAGCAGCUAGCACCAUACAAUCACUUAAAGAUACACUUACUCAGACGGAGAGCAACAUGGAUUCGCUGUCCAAACAAAUUGAAGAUGACAAAGCUCUUACUACAGAUUUGAAGAAUGAGUUAGAGACGCUUCAAAAUGAGGUAGAGUUAGAGCGUAGCAAGAUGGCUGAAGCUUCCUUGACUAUAGGAUCCCUGGAAGAGGCACUAAUGAAGGCGGAGAAUAGCCUUUCUGUCUUACAAGGAGAAAUGGUGAAAGCUGAAGUCGAGAAAUCAACUCUGAGUAGUAAACUUAAUGUAUGCAUGGAAGAGUUAGCUGGAUCAAAUGGGAACUCCCAAAGCAAAUCUAUGGAGAUUAUUUCUCAUCUUGAUAAUCUCCAGAUGGUUCUGAAGGAUGGAAGGGUGAUUUCCAGGGUGAAUGAAUUCCUUGAAAGGAAAUUUAAGAGCCUGAGAGACAUGGAUGUCCUUGUUAAAGAUAUCAUAUUAAAUUUUGGUGAGAAGGGAUUAGCUGGGGAAAUGAACCACGUUACAGAGGAUGAUUCGACUGUGGCACAAUCAUUGUUGAGUGGUCUUGAAGAUUCAGUGGACACAGAGCUGGAGAACAGCAGAGAGAAUGCAGCUGAUGAAAACGAAAUUUCUUCAUCUCUUAGGAAGAUCACAGAGGGAGUCAAGCUUAGAAACACAAUACUCGAGAAAAACUUCGCCGUUUUCUCAACUUCCGUUGAUACAAUCAUUGCGGCGUUGAUGGAGAACAUGACAGCAGCCAGGGCUGAUGUGAUAAAGGUCGUGAGUCAUAAUGAGUCCCUGAAAGAACAGGUGAGGAGUGCUGAAGAUAUUGUUCGCGAACAGGAAAACACUAUAGCUGCAAUACAAACAGAUUUGUCAUCUUUGAUGUCUGUAUGUGGCGAGGCUGCCAGCGAACUGCAGUUGGAAGUGAAAAAUGACCUCCUAGAGUUGGUUCAGUUCCAAGAAAAUGACAACGGUGGUGAGAAUGAAUCAACUGAACAUCAACCGGAGCUUCAUGUAAGUGAAUGCGCCCAAAGAGCGAAAGAACUAUCUUCUGCCUCAGAGAAGGCACGUACUGCUCUUAAGCUCUUUGGGACAACAAGUAAUGCAGCUGCUGUUCUCAUCCGAGAUAUGGAGGACAGACUAAAAGAAGCAUCUGACGCUCUAGAAAAGGUUAUGUUAGAAAGAGAUCUAAACCAAACUAAGGUUUUAGAUUCGGAGGCCAAGGUGGAAUCUAUGGAAGUGUUUUGCCAAGAUCUGAAACUUCAGCUGGACAAUCUCAAAGCCGAAGAAGAGAAAUGGCAUGAAAAAGAGGUGGAACUUUCUACAUUAUAUGAUAAACUGCAGGUGCAAGAGCAAGAAGCAAAGGAAAACCUAAUUCCAGCUUCUGAUAUACGUGACCUUUUUGACAAGAUAAAUGGUAUUGAGAUGCCUUCAGUAGAUCAGGCCGAUGAGUUAGAUCCACAGAGUCCAUAUGAUGUAAAGAAGCUAUUUGCGGUUGUUGAUAGUAUUACUAAGAUGCAGCAUCAGAUAGACCUCUUAUCAUAUGAACAAAAAGAGGUCAACUCCACAUUGGCAGAAAAGGAUCUUGAAAUUGAAGCUCUGAAGCAGGCAGCUGAAGCAAAGAGUACCACCGAGCUAGAGUUAGUGAAGGCAAAUAAAGAGUUGUCCAAGCUAAUAUCUGGCUUGGAGAAACUGCUUGGUAUAUUGGCGGGUAAUGAGGCUAUUGAAGACAGAGACUUCUCUGAGUCAUGGACACUCUUACAAGCACUAGAGAGAAAAAUAGCUUCCCUUCUCCUAGAGUCAGAGAGUUCAAAAUCAAGGACCCAAGAACUUGGUCUAAAGUUAGUCAGCAGCGAAAAACUAGUGGAUAAAUUAUCACUAAAAGUCAAAGAAAUUGAGGAUGAACUUCAAAGCAAAGCCAUUCAGCCUGAUGUUGUUCAUGAAAGAAGCAUCUUUGAAGCACCAAGAGUAUCUUCUACUUCAGAGAUAUCCGAGAUUGAGGACAAGGGAAAAAAAUCAAUAUCAGCUGUGCCUACAGCAGCACAAGUGAGAAUGGUGAGGAAAGCAUCAACGGAUGAUCAUCUUGCAAUCAACAUAGAUUCAGAGUCCACGCAUCUGAUGAACCACAACGAAGCAGAUGAAGAUAAAGGACAUGUUUUCAAGUCUCUCAACAUGUCUGGUCUGAUUCCAACGCAAGGGAAGAUGAUAGCAGAUCGUGUCGAUGGAAUAUGGGUCUCAGGUGGAAGAGUAUUAAUGAGCCGUCCUCAAGCAAGGCUUGGCGUUAUGGUAUACAGUCUCUUAUUGCAUCUGUGGCUCCUAGCUUCCAUCUUGUAA